CGGUCCGUGCGGCACCAAUCCGCCUACGCGGCGCGGAAACGACGAAGCGCCUCGACAUUUUACGUUCAAAUUUUAAUUCUCAAACCAAAAUAAUAAUUAAAAAACCCACACAAAUAAACAAUCAUAUUUACACACACGCAAACACGACGGUCGCCUUGUUCUUCCAAAACAAACGCGGCGUAAAAGAUGGAACCACCCGUUGAACGUAACGAGCCGGGCAGCGCCAUGAGGCGAGCACUUUCACGGUAACGGCGUCGGGCGGGUUCGGUCGCCAGGCUCCGCGCUGUGUGACGAAUGCUGGGAUAUCAACACCGCGCCUUUUGCCAUGCACGUGGGAAAGCACUCUUGCUUCAGUGUGAUAAAACCUCGAACAGAAAACAGACAGAUUUGUUAAAAUCUUCAAACAUUUGCACUGUCCGCCACCUGAAAUGGCCAGGUGUGCGCUUACGGACAUAUUGCCUACGCUGGAGAGAUAAAGAUCCCCACCGGCCAUUGGUGUCGUGGGAUAAGGUGUCUUCUUCCUUCUUGUCCACCACAAGCGUCCACAUGCAAAAAAGAGAGGGCAGCUCGCCCAAGCGGAGUCGCUUGUCAGCAGACAGCGCUGGCACGGGCAGCAACAGCGUCCCCAAGGACAGUGAUGCUCUUCGUGAAGAACAGAGAAAAGUUGAUGCACAAGUCCGCCCCACAUCGGGCAGCAUGUACAGGAAGUGGAGUCACUGCCGGUGGUGGAAAGGCAUGGAGGACAGGAGCAGUGAUGCGAGCGUGUUGGGCCUCCGCAACCACAUGGCCUUCAGUGUGAUGACCUACAACAUCCUGUCGCAGAGAUUGCUGGAGGACAAUGCCUACCUGUACCGCCACUGUAGCCGCAGCGUGCUGGAAUGGGCCUACCGCUUCCCCAACCUGAUCCAGGAGAUCGAACGGUUCAAUGCAGAUGUACUGUGUCUGCAGGAGGUGCAAAAGGACCAUUACAUCGACCAGUUGAAGCCUCGUCUCAUCAGACUGGGCUACAGCUGCCACUACAAGAUGCGCACGGGCGAUAAGAACGAUGGCUGCGCCAUCUGCUUCAAGAGGUCGCGCUUCUCCCUGCGCUCGUGGCACGCGGUGGAGUACUACCGGCCCGGGGUGUCGCUCAUGGACCGGGACAACGUGGGCACCAUCGCCGUGCUGCAGCCGCUGCCCCAAGAGGGUACAAGUUCGGCACCCUAUACACAAUUCCCCCCGAGUGUCUGCAUUGCCAACACACAUCUCCUCUUCAAUCCCAAGAGGGGGGACAUCAAGCUUGCCCAACUGGCCCUGCUACUCGCCGAGAUUGACAAAGUGUCGGACGGCGGUCGUUUGCCGGUGCUGCUGUGCGGAGACUUCAACAGCGUGCCCGGCUCACCGCUGUACCACUUCCUACGCCACGGAUACCUCCACUACCACGGCCUGCCUGCCUGGAAGGUGUCAGGGCAGCAGGAGGUGUACCAGACAAAUCAUCGUCUGCUGCAAGCCCCGCUUUGGCCUCAAGCACUCGGCGUGUCUCCGUUCUGCCAGUACAUGGAGGUGAGCAAACCUCAAGCAGCCCAACAAGCCAAGCCGCUCCAGCCGCCAGAGUCGGCACAACGACCGUCACCGCCGGCCAGCUUGGGUACCACAGCCGCCACUGCGCUGCAAGAGCGGGCAGCAGCUCCGGCUGUAGCCAGCAACCAACUAACGGCAGCACCUUCAGGGAACGCCCCAUGUGGACAUUAUCCCUCAUCCGAAGGCGGAUCACGUUAUCAGACUUACUCCAGCCCUUUCCCUAAGGCGAUCCAGCACAGGAUGAGCUUCAACUCCGUCUACUCACACUUCGUCCCAGAGGAAAACCUAAUGGAGGCGACCAUCUGUACAUCCACAACAGGAGUCACAGUGGAUUACAUUUUUUACACAUGUCCGAGUCCAUCACCCUUCGAAGGCCGGCCCUGGAGGGAGGCAGGCAGCAGGUGCCCGGGGUUUGGCUGGCGGCUGAGGCCUAUUGCACGCCUCACCCUGCUCACGUUGCCGCAGAUCUGGCAGCACAAGGGCCUCCCCAAUGAGGCGGCGCCCUCCGACCACCUGCCCCUUCUCGCCAAAUUUGUCCCUCGAGUUCUAACCCCCCUCACCGCCCGCCAGCUGCUAUUAAUAUUGAUUGCUGGAGAAAUAUCUUGGGCAAGAAUGGGCAUGCCCACUACGAUGUAUGAGGCUCAUCUGGACGUCGUUUUUAACUCCGGUCGACGUCUAACACUCCUCUUACCCCAUUUCCACUGGCAUAUCCGAGCCGAGCCAGCGCGGGGCCCUCGCGGUAUGGGUGGUUUUCCACUGGCUUUCGGUGACCUGAGCAAGAACCAAACAAUGCUACGCUGAGCAUCGCAAGACAUGUGACUUGGGGCCAAGCAGGGUCAGCGGCGGACUCUAUCGAUGCCUUUUUUUGCACAUAACAACUCAAGGCAGACCGUCGCCUCAUCUUCUACGUGCAUCUCCACUCGCUCCGUGUGUGUGAUGUCAGCUGCACGGCUUUGCUUCUGGAGUGGAAACACAAAUCGGUGCCUCCUGAGUCACGCUGGGCUGGCUCGGUGUGGCCAUUGUGCGGUUGUCCAGUGGAAAAAAGCAAGCAACAUUCACAGUGGAAUGUUCUACCUCACUGUUUGCCAUUCAAGUUUUGCUCACAGUGUCUCUGCAAUGGCCAAAUUAUGAGCUUAAUCAGUGCCCCUCUCCCCACGGCCAAAUUCAAACCGAGCUUAUGUGAAGCCUCCACCAUACUUUGCUGUUCACUCCCUGGCUGCAUGAACAUCGCUAUUUGUUUUGCUUUCUGGAAAACUUAGAGGUGGAAAGCAAAAGCCAUGGAAUGUUUUAAAUGCACAUAAUUUUCAACAAAACGGCCAUACCUAGCAACACGAUUUGUUUCAAAUAUGAAAUGGCACUUAAACAUAAUGAAAAAGAUAAUUUUCUAUAUAAAAAAACAAGAAUCCUAUUCAUCAAUGUUUCCUGAUUAAGUUCAUACUUAAGAAAUACUUUCCUUUUACUUUCCGUUGUCUGUGCUUGCAUUGCAUUUUAAGUUGUUCACCGUACUGUUCACGUCUCCCCCGGUGAGCAGUGUGCAGUAUUGCCACAAGUGCUUAGCUGUUCAUAAAACACAGUGAAUACAAAGCCACAGUUUAUACACCCUGCAUUAACACAGACUUAAAGCAUUUCACUGAAAGGUCAGAGUAGAGAACAAGAUGGCUGUAAAGUCAGUGUUGUGAGUGUACCUCCUACACUCCUUGGAAAACACAGUUUGUCCUCUACAUAAGAACACUGAACCAUGACUUAAAAUCUAUUGGACGAUAACUGUAACGGUUCUGUCCCAUGGGAAUUCUACCUCCUACAGUACAGGAUAAUGUAGUUCCUUGCAAAUUAAAAAGAGAGUUCUGUGUAUUAGAAGUUAGCAGCACGCUCCAUAUCACAAAACCAAUUUAUGUGAUGUGGUACAGCUUUGCAGAAUUGUAAAUGGAAAGCUUGAUUAUAAUGUACUACACAACACAUUUUUGGGGGCUUAGGUUGGAUUCAAACCAGUGAAUCAUAUGUAUGUGUGUUGAACUUCCUUCACACCAACAAACGAAAGACAUAAAGCAAACUAAACUCUCGGCAAGCAUGUUUAAUUUCGAUUAAAUUAAUGGGCCAAUUAUCUAUGACACUACAAAUAGACUUUGGCUUAGCAAUCACUAUUUCCCACCCUUCCCAUGCACCAGAGUUUGUGUGGGAGGGCAUGGGAAUCGCUGUCACGUACGACUGGCUUUACAAGCACUCCCAUGUCUUCUGUGCCGACCAAAGCCUAUCACAAGGUAGUUCAUUAUUACACAGAUAUUAAAAAGCAACCUUUGGGAACACAUGGGUGUGGGUAGCUGGCUGGACUUAUUGUCCUAUGUGACUGAACAAUACAGGAUUUCUGCAGAAGCAUCGUUGAGUACAUGCCUCUAAAGAUUUGCUAUCGGAUGAACACGAAAUGAGGAAUUGUAUUCCACUUAAAAUGCGAUUGUUCUUAAAGGGGGUGUCUGUGCUUCUUAUUGGAUUAAUUGUGCAUGUCUGGUUUCCAAAUGGAAUAGCUCAUGCAGAUGUAACAUGGCAGAAACAUCCAGUUAUAUAGUAAUGCCUUGGCAUUGCAAUUGUUAUAGCUCAGAGUUAUUACACUGUGGGGUAAUCACACUCACUCCGAGUGCUAAUUGUGACAUUAUUCCACUCUUAUAAUCCUCUUGACUUGUAUUGAUCAACAUACUCAAUUCCAAGAGACUUACUAGAUGCAUAGUUGGAGUUUAAAACUUCAGGGUUUGUUUUGUGGGAAAUGGUUUAGAAGGCUCGGUGUGAGAUGUGCUAAUGGAAGUAGCGUUUCUGUUCUGCUUUAAUUCCAAGCAGCUAUCUGUGUUUGAUAUUUAUCCAAAAUUCAUUUGUUCAUUUGCUUGAGUUGGGGGGUGAGGGGGUUUCCUUGGAACAUAACAGGAGUGUGUAACAUUGGUCACACAUCUUGGCAUGAUUCACUGCUAUUUGUGUCUGUAAUAUUUAACGUUUAGCAAGGAAUCAAUCUUUAAAUAGUGAAAAUGUCUAUACAAAUAUUAGGAUAGAAGCCACGCAAUUUGGCAGCUAAUCACCAUUAAAUAUCUUUUGUAGCCAAUUAAGGAGACUCGUAUAACAAUGUAUGGAGUUACAUCUUGACUUAAAGCUUUCGUGACUGCAUUAAUUCAUAUUCUUUGGGUUGUUUUCUACGUGACUUUACCGAAAACCCCAAAGAAUAUGUAUUGAGUUACCAUGGUUAUUAGGGGUCCUGAUUUUGUUAUGUGGCCAUAUUUCCAAAACACCAGCUAUUUGGCUCUAAAGGUUUUCUUUUCAAAUGAACGAGAAUGUGUUUUUGACAGUAAGUGGAGUAAACAAUCUUAAAGUGGAAUGUAUCUAAAUGUAGAUGCGCUGCAAGUAGAACCAGCAGGUGUGAGUCAGGGUCACGGCAGAAAACCCAUUGAGUAAUUUUUUUAAAGUUGACUAUGUCAGGUGUGUAACAUAUGGAGGAGAGGAACAUUGUGGUUGUUUAUAUGUAUAUAUGUGUUAGCAAUGCAACUGACUGACAAAUUGGUGACAUGUUUAUAUAAGAAGAGCAAUAGCUUAGUUAUUUUGAAAGUUAUUUUUGUCUUUACAUUCUUAAAGUGCGCGUUCAAGCGAUGUAUGGAACACAGUCAAGUCCCAUUGCCACGACAAUUUCCAAUCCCAAAUUGCAUUUUUACUUUGUAAACAGGUAAACCUCUUAACAGGUCAUAGAAAUAAAACCUCGUCCUUAUGUCUUGGCAAACUGAUAAGGCACAUUGGUGAGUGUUUCAAAUUUUAUAAAUAAUCUCACAACCUCAUGUUGUUUGGCGAUUGUCUGGCAGUGGUGCACGAAUGGCACGAAUGUAUUGAGUUUUGUUGUUUAUACUGCAAUUAGCCUGCUAGUGUCGCUAAUCUCAGCAUUUCUACUCUCCCUACAAAAAAGUAACACGCAGUGUAAUAAGGUGGAGUUUCUUCAAGGGUCGUUGACAAUGUCUGGCCACUCCACCGUAGUUAUGGCAUCUUGACGUGAACAGCAUUUUGGCGUGUGAGGACAACAUUGUGAAUCUGUGCACCACAAGGUGCAGAUGCGUUAAAGAACAAUAGCAACAGGUAGAUGCAAUAUAGCCUUUAAGGGUCAGUUUAUGGCCUAUUUAAUUUGGUUUAGGAUGUUUUUUUUAUUACACUAGUUCAAUGUGAACUGGUGCUACGGUUUUUUAUGUUGUCUUUGUUAGGAAUGAUGUAUUGUUUGAGUGGGGCAAUUUUAAAGUUCAAAACCCGAGUUAAUUAUACAUCUGUAUUAGUCUCUGAAUAUCACUGCAAGUCACUCUUCACUGGACAAUUAUUUAAAAGAUGUACAGGCAGUUAACUUGGAAGUAGCUCUAUGAGUGAUUUUCAUAAGUGUAUAGGGUGACGUAGUUUAGUUUCUGAAAACGCUAAAUUAGCAUUGUGAAGUGGGGUAAAACAGUUGCAAACUAAUCUUCUGUACAGUACAUGCCAUACAUCAUUGAAUUCAUUCUUUGGUUUGUGAGAUAAAUGUCACAAGUUAUUGAAAAGAAGCAUAUCACGUGCCUAAAUCACCCCAGGUAUAUGCUACGUGGGUUUGAAAUUAGGUUUAAAGGCACAGAGGGAGAUCAGAGAGAAAAAGCUGCCAGCCUGUGCUCUCUGAUGCCUGACGUCUUUAAAGCCCUCCUGGUGCUCUGUAUAUGCCACGUCUGCCCGUUCUCGGAGACUUUUAACUUGUGAGGACAUCUCCACCCUCAUAUUCCAUCGUUGGUUCAAACCCACACGAAUGAAUGCGGUUCUGGCUCCAGUGUGUUAUAACAGUUGCAACAUGCAUAGAUAAUUGUCGUGAGUGCUGUGUAGAUUAAGGAAACAAUAUUGACCGUUAAAGUUUACAUUUAAUGUUCCAGGAGCUUUAACAGGUUUCACAAUGUUGUAUUUCUAAUACUUGUAUGCCAGUGAGCAGAUGUAAUGGACAUACUAUCGUCUAAUGUAUUGCACAUUUACCGUUCAUUCUUUAACAAGUUGAGACUUUUAAAUUACUUCUGUGCAUGUUGAUUUGUGCCUCAUUUUUAUUAAACUUGUUGCUGUUUAAAUAAAAAGGCAAAGUUAAGUAUA